GUGUUUAGACAGCGGCUGAUCAAUAAGCGCUGGACUUUGAUCAUUCAGUUAGUUAUUAGUUUUGCUGUCUGUCUCUCAUUCAGCUGCACAUGUUUGUCCUGCUGCAGACGCUUCAAUGGCGCCGUUAAAGUUUUGUGCCAAUAUUUCAUGGCUCUUCGCGGAGUUACCGGAGCUCACGCAGCGGAUGCGCGACGCGGCGCGUGCGGGGUUCCGAGCGGUCGAGGCGGCGUGGAUCUACAGCUCCGACCUGAAAGAGUUAAAAACCGUGAAGGAUGAAACGGGACUCGAGUUUGCGCUCAUAAACACCCCCCCGGUCUCCAGGAUCCACUUGAUGGCGGGGAGGGUACCGGCGGGGGCGGACCGCUGCGCUGUUGCUAUGGAGAUGGAGGACACCUUUGUGCAGAACCUCAAACAUGCUGCAGGUGUCCUCUCAAAGGAAGGCAUUCUGGGAUUGAUUGAGCCAAUCAACACCAGGAUCACAGAUCCACGAUAUUUCCUCGACUCCCCUCACCAAGCCGCAGUGAUUCUACAGAGAGUCGCUCAUCCCAGCAUCAGGAUGCAGAUGGACAUCUACCACUGGCAGAUCAUGGAUGGCAACCUAACACAGAAUAUACGCAAAUACUUACCAAUGACAGGUCACAUCCAGAUCGCUCAGGUUCCUGACCGCCACGAGCCGGACAGCGACGGAGAGCUCAGUUACACGUAUCUCUUCAAGCUGCUGGAGGAGCUGGACUAUCAGGACUACAUCGGCUGUGAAUACAAACCUCAGCGUUCCACAGAAGCGGGUCUGGACUGGCUCAGAAGAUACUGGAGCAGCCACAACUGAUGAGCAGCUUCACUUCUUCAGUUCCUGCUUCUUCUAAAAG